GGACCUCUGAGGAGACCAAAUUUUGCAGUAGCACCACAGACGACUGCUGCCCCAUCAGAAAAAAAGGGGGCAUUUUAGUGAACUAGAAUAUUUGGUGUCAGAUCGUAUUUAGUCCUUUUUAUAUUUAAAGACACCUUUUCUUAUUGGGGUUUUAUCCCACCGAACAGCUUUUUUGUGCCUAAAGCAAACAGAAAAAAAGGAGAAAAUGAUGAGUCUGCUCUGCAUCACAGUGAUCUCUCUGACCCUGGCUGGCAGGGUGUUCUGUGAAAAGCCAACCCCCGCCUCGGUAACAACAGUCACAGCUAAACAGGGUGCCAGUGUCACCCUGCCCUGCAUAAUUCAUUCCUACGACAAAAUCGCUGGAUAUCGAAUUGAAUGGACCAAAGUCAACGAUAAGGGCACCUGGACUGACGUGUUGCUGUCCAUAAGUUCACAUAAGAAGGCUAAUGGUAAUUUUAACAACCGGGUGUUUCUCGGGGGUUCCAAAGACGAAGAUGGAUCACUAGUGAUUAAAAAUGUCUCCAUGGGCGACAUUGGAAGAUACCGUUGUGAGAUCGAAAAUGGAGAAGAAGACGUCAUGCAUGAUAUUAUCUUGGAGGUGGAGUCUGGUCUUUCAAAUGGUGUUGUGUUCCCAUACUCCCCUCACGGAGGUCGCUACAGCCUAAACUUUGAGCAUGCUGAGAAGGCCUGUGCAGACCAGGGUGCUGUAGUCGCCUCAUUUGAACAGCUGUAUGAGGCUUGGGAGGAUGGCCUUGACUGGUGCAAUGCGGGCUGGCUAAAUGACGGAACCGUGCAGUAUCCCAUCACCAAACCCAGAGAGCCUUGUGGUGGGUCCAGGAAAGGCCCUGGACUCAGAAGUUAUGGACAGCGAAACAAGAAACUCAGCCACUUUGAUGUGUUCUGCUAUGCCUCUAAGCUAAGAGGGGAGUUCUAUUGGCUGUCAAACCAUAAUAACCUGACCUUCAAUGAAGCUGUUCAGGCAUGCCUUCGUAAAGACGCAGAAAUUGCCAAAGUCGGCCACAUGUUCGCAGCCUGGAAGCUUGAGGGCUAUAACCACUGCAACGCCGGCUGGCUAGCAGACGGAAGUGUCCGUUACCCUGUUUCCAAGCCCCGCAAAAACUGCAGCCCUACUGAAGCUGCAGUGCGUUUGGUCGGAUUCCCAGACAAAAAGAAAAAGUACGGUGUUUACUGCUUCAGGCCUGAGCAGUGAGGGAAGCAGAAAGUGAUGGAGAAACCACAAUCACCAAAGAGCUGCAACAACUGCCACUUAAAAUCAAGAAUAAAGCAGGGACACUUUGGUAUUAACUAACAUGAAAUCAAUGUUCUUCUAAAGUUGCAAUAACACAAGACCCGAUUACUUAAAAUCUUGCCUCCAUCUGCAACAAAAAACAGAACGGUUGUUGCCUUCUUUCUUUUCUAGCUGUAUAAGACUGCUGGGUGUUCAUCUGAUGUGACUGACACAAUAACUGAAUGGUUGACAUCUUUCUUUCGAAUAUUAAAAGGUGUGAAGUUGAAGAUGGAGAGCAGUUGUGCAGAAAUUAUGUGCUGCUUAAAUAGUGCGAUAUUGUGUUUUAUCAGAUAUCACAUCAUUGAAGGACAACAGUGAUUACAAUGUGACAAAAUGUGACAGUUGAGAUUAUAUGUAUGCAUGUUUCACUGCGGCUGAGUUAUCAUCAAUUACUUGUGUUGAAACUGCUUCUUUAACUCAGACAAGCAAGCAGCAUUACUGAUUUAUUUUUAAUCAUUUUUGAAUCCCAUUCAUUGAAGGGUUCACCUCCUGAUUAGCAAUAAAUAAACAUGUAAACAUUUCCUUUUUUUGCAGAACACAUUGCGUAAUGUUUAGAUUAAAACAAAAUUUGUUAUUUUAUUUUGAUUAAGGACUUCUUGAGGGAUAUCAAAAAGUUUACAAGUGAAAUUCCAAUAAAAUUCUUCUUUUUUUGUAGUUUAAAACUCAUACAAGCAGGAUUAGAUAGUUCUUGUGUAAGUCUGUUGUCCCCUUGACCUGAACUAAAACCUCUGAAUAUAUAGAAAUAGUGAUGUUUUCUCAGUACAAAAAAACUGUGGUAUAUAAGUAACCACAAGAGAAAAAGCGAAAGGAGACACUGGUGGGUAGUUUGUCAGAAUUGACUGAGCCAACCAGCAGUUGCAUUUCCAAUUGGUUUUUUUUGUUUGUUUUUAAGGCCAUACUAAUCCCUAUAUGUCAAAUAGUUUCCAAAUGUAGUCAUAGUCAUUCUGUGGUAAUUGGAAAUCAAUAAGUGUCUACUUCAGACUACAGUGUGGGUUAGAGUUGUACCACUCUGUGUUUUCUAGUUUUGUGCUUUUUACUUCUACAUUUUUUUUUUUAUUCUUCUAUUCAUGGUUGCUGACAUAUGCUACUUACUUUAGAUGUGUGUACACACAUGCAUGAAAAGCUAAAAGAUGCUUUGAAUCGUUUGCCCCUCUUUGGUGACAUUUCAAAUAAAGAGUACAACUUUUAAACUA